GAGGCCGACGUCACUCGUGGUGAGUGGAGGAAGAGUUUGAAGGCGCUCGGGCUGAAGGUGUGGAGUGAAAGUUGAGGAGAGGGACAGAAAAGCCGGCCGACUGUAGAGACGCGACGGAGAAAGACACCGGCGAUGAUAGCCUCGCAUCUUCUGGCGUAUUACGUUACUGAGCUCCAGCACGACCAGGUGCAGAAUGUGGAUAAGUACUUGUAUCACAUGCGCCUCUCGGAGGAGAACCUCAUGGACGUGUCCAGGCGCUUCAGGAGGGAGAUGGACAAAGGGCUGGGCAGGGACACCAACCUGACUGCCUCGGUCAAGAUGCUGCCCACCUUCGUCCGCUCCACACCUGACGGCACAGAAAGUGGUGAUUUCCUGGCGCUGGACCUCGGAGGAACCAAUUUCCGUAUCCUGCUUGUAAAGGUGUCUGGAAAUGGCAAGCAGAACGUGGAGAUGGAGAACCAAAUCUAUGUCAUUCCAGAGACCCUGAUGAGGGGCAGUGGGACAGAGCUCUUCGACCACAUCACUGAGUGUCUGGCCAAUUUCAUGGAGAAAAUGGGCAUCAAAGAAAAGAAGCUGCCUCUGGGCUUCACUUUUUCUUUCCCUUGUCGGCAGACCAAACUGGACGAGAGUUUCCUGGUGUCAUGGACGAAGGGCUUUAGGGCGGGCGGAGUGGAGGGCAAGGACGUUGUGGGUCUGCUGAGGAAAGCCAUCAAGAAGAGAGGGGACUUUGACAUUGACAUUGUUGCUGUGAUCAACGACACCGUGGGCACUAUGAUGACCUGCGGUUACGACGACCAUCACUGUGAGAUUGGCCUCAUUGUAGGUACGGGCACGAAUGCCUGCUACAUGGAGGAGAUGCGCAACCUGGAGUUGGUGGAGGGGGACGAGGGCCGCAUGUGCGUGAACAUGGAGUGGGGAGCGUUCGGAGAUGACGGCUCCCUCGAGGACCUUCGCACCGAUUUUGACCGCGAGAUUGAUGCCGGCUCGCUCAACCCAGGCAAACAGCUCUUCGAGAAGAUGAUCAGUGGGAUGUAUAUGGGGGAGCUGGUGCGAAUCAUCCUGGUGAAGAUGGCCAGAGAGGGGCUGGUGUUUCAGGGCCACACCACGCCAGAUCUUCUGGUUACUGGACACUUCAAGACCAGCUACGUCUCUGACAUCGAGAGUCAGAAAGAUAAGGAAGGCCUGGUGUGCGCGGAGCAGGUCCUGCGAGGCCUGGGGCUGGACCCGUCGGCCGAGGACUGCGUGGCCGUCCAGCGCGUGUGUGAGAUCGUGUCCACGCGAGCGGCGCACCUGUGCGCAGCCACGCUGGCCGCCGUCCUGCGGCAGAUCCGGGAUAACAAGGCGGCUGAGAGGCUGCGGACUACGAUCGGCGUGGACGGCUCUGUCUACAAGAACCACCCGCAGUUUGCGCGACGGCUGCACAAAAUGGUUCGACUUUUGGUGCCGGACUGUGACGUGCGUUUCCUGCGGUCAGAAGAUGGCAGCGGAAAGGGUGCUGCCAUGGUAACGGCAGUGGCGCACCGGCUGGCCGAGCAGCACGCGGAGCGUCAGCGUGUGCUGGACGCACUGCGGCUGAGCCGAGAGCAGCUGCUGGAGGUGAAGAGGAGGAUGGAGGGAGAGAUGAAAAAAGGACUGGCCAGAGACACACACGAAUCGGCCACGGUCAAAAUGCUGCCCACAUACGUCCAGUCCACACCUGAUGGCUCAGAGCGAGGAGACUUCCUGGCACUGGACCUGGGCGGAACGAACUUCCGGGUGCUGCUGGUCCGAGUGCGCAGCGGGAAGCGGCGCAGUGUGGAGAUGCACAACAAAAUCUACGCCAUCCCACAGGAGAUGAUGCAGGGCACUGGGGAAGAGCUGUUUGACCACAUUGUCCACUGUAUUGGCGACUUCCUGGAGUACAUGGGAAUGAAGGGGGCAUCGCUGCCGCUGGGCUUCACUUUCUCUUUCCCCUGCCAUCAAACCCGGCUGGGCGAGGGUAUUUUGCUGAAGUGGACGAAAGGCUUCAAGGCCACGGGCUGUGAAGGCGAGGAUGUAGCGGUGCUCCUGAAAGACGCCAUCCAUCGCACGGAGGAGUUUGAUCUGGACGUGGUUGCCGUGGUAAAUGACACGGUCGGGACGAUGAUGACGUGCGGUUAUGAGGAUCAUCUCUGUGAAGUGGGGCUCAUUGUGGGUACAGGUACGAACGCCUGCUACAUGGAGGAGAUGCGGAAUGUGGAGCUGGUGGAGGGGGACGAGGGUCUGAUGUGUGUGAACAUGGAGUGGGGAGCGUUCGGAGACUGCGGGGAGCUGGACGACUUCUGCACAGAGUUCGACAGAGCUGUAGAUGAAUGCUCAACAAACCCCGGCAAACAGAGGUUUGAGAAGAUGAUCAGUGGGAUGUACCUGGGGGAGAUCGUGAGGAACGUGCUGCUGGACUUCACAGCUAAAGGCCUGCUUUUCCGUGGAAAACUCUCUGAAAGGCUCAAAACCCGUGGCAUCUUCGAGACCAAGUUCCUUUCCCAGAUCGAGAGUGACCGGUUGGCUCUGAGGCAGGUGCGGUCCAUCCUGCAGCACCUGGGUCUGAUCAGCAGUACGUGUGAUGACAGCAUCCUGGUGAAAGAGGUGUGCACUGUGGUGGCCCGCAGAGCUGCCCAGCUAUGCGGUGCUGGACUCGCUGCGGUGGUCGACAAAAUCCGGAACAACCGUGGCCUCCAGGAGCUCUCCAUCACGGUGGGAGUGGACGGCACGCUCUAUAAACUCCACCCACAUUUCUCCACCGUAUUGAAAGAAACCCUGCGGGAUCUGGCGCCCCAGUGCACAGUCACUCUGGUCCAAUCAGAAGACGGCAGCGGGAAGGGCGCUGCCCUCAUCACGGCCGUGGCCUGUCGGUUGAAAGAGGGCAAGAAGUAGCGCAAGUGGACCGAAAGGAUGAAUAAGGGAUGGGAAUCAAAAGGGAAAAUAACAAGAGAAUGGAAUUGACUUGAAAAGGCAAAGAAACGUCGUUCCAGGCAUUUUUGCUGUGCCGCAAUGUUAAUCAAUUUAUUUCUGUCUGUGUGAGAUUUAGUUUUGCCGACUUUUACAUUAUUUACUCUUGGUUUGAUUUUGAGCGAGAGGGUUAUUUAUAUGGUGUUUGUAAGUGUAGUGAGAGAAAGAAGGAGAGGGCUGUGCUGUUGAAUCCCCUUGUUGCUAAUUUAUUAUGACUAUAUUGUGAAGUUUUACUGAAGCAAGACAAAGAGCCACAUUGAAUUGAUUGAGCUGUUGAACUCGUAAAUGGAUGUUGUUGUUUUUUUCAGUUGUCUCAAUCAGGAAUCGGGGUCUUUAGGACUGGCUAGUUUUCCAAGUGUUACACCUUACCGAUAACACCUUUAAACUCUCGAGAUCCUUCAGAGGGUCCAGACUUUACAUUCCUCAUCCUUACAACUCCAAGUUACUCAUUAGCUUCAUUGUAGUUUGUGCAUAUUAAGCCUUACGAAAAUAACCAAGCAAUAAGUGAAGCUCAGUGCAAAAGCCUACGCAGUCCAGAAGUGAACCUAAUCUAAAUCCAGAGAACAGUAGCAGUAUGAUCUGACAUCAGUAUUCCUCCUGUUGGGACUGCAUUCCAGCUUCAGCCCUGCUUCUGCUGACCACCAGCAGAGUGUUUAGAUGCUGUUCAGACUUUUAAAAAUAAAAGUUCCUAAAUGGUU